AUGUUCCACCCGCUUUUCUAUCUCUGCCUCUUUCUUAGUGCUCUUGUUGAGACGUAUGCCUUUGCCAUUGGUGGACCGGUCAACACCACCAGUGGCCCUGUGCAAGGUCAGUCAUCGUCUCUACGACCCGAAGUGUCAGAGUAUCUGGGCAUUCCUUUUGCGCAGCCUCCAGUUGGCAAUCUACGCUUUGCUGCCCCUCUCGCAGUGACUAGAUCUUCUGGGAUCAUCAAUGCGACAUCCUAUGUAAGCUACUUCCACGAAUUCUGUACUAUCGCUGACGACGCUACAGAAUCCGAGGGGGAUAUCCUCAACGAGGACUGCCUGACCAUCAACAUCUGGACAAAGCCACAGCAGGGUGAGAAACAAAAGGCUGUAUUGUUUUGGAUCUACGGCGGAGGAUUCGCCAUUGGAAGUACUGCUAGUCCCGUCUACGACGGUUCUAUCCUGGCCGAUGAGAACGAUGUGGUAGUCGUCUCCUUCAACUACCGGCUCAACAUCUUCGGGUUCUCCGGAGCGCCCGGUCAGCCCUGGAACGUGGGACUCCUUGAUCAACGUCUUGCGCUUGAGUGGACCCGAGACAACAUCGCACAGUUUGGAGGGGAUCCCUCGCGCAUCACAGUCUUUGGCCAGUCGGCCGGCGGGCUCUCUACGGACUUUCUUGCUUACAGCUACCCCGAAGACCCCAUCGCACAUGCACUAAUCGCCCACUCCGGAGCUGCGAGUUCUGCCCUCUCCGCCAGCUCUGAUAUGGCAACCAUCCGAAAGACAUGGUAUAAUGUCUCUGCCACUCUGGGCUGCGGCGGUGCGGACGCUGGUGAAGCGACCGUCGCGUGCAUGAGAGCCAGGAGCUCGCAGGACUUGCUGGAUGCUAUCGCUCCUCUAACAGCCGGAGGCAUGCUAGGCGGCUUCACGCCAGUCGGCGAUGGCACGGUCGUUCCCAUCGAUGUCCCGGCUGCAGGAAUCGCUGGCAAAUUCGCCCGUAUCCCCUUCAUGACCGGAAAUACAGACAACGAAGCGGGGUUUUUCCUGAUCACGGCUUUGGCUUACUCGAACCUCACAGCUGAAGAGGUGGCUGCACUUCCUAUGACCUUGAUCCAGCCAUUGGGAGAUCUGUUGACUCUAGUGGGAUUCACCUGCCCUGCUGCCGAAGCUGCCAGGUACCGGUCCCUGUAUGACGUGCCGGUCUGGCGCUACAGGUACUACGGAGGAAACUACAGCAACACUUAUAUCAUCCCUGUUGGGUCAGCAUAUCACACGUCGGAGCUACCGAUCGUGUUCGGGACCGCUGCAACCGUGACGGGGGUGGCAGAUACCAAGUAUGAGGCACAAGCCGCGGCGUACAUGCGAGAUGCAUGGGCGGCUUUUGCGAAGAAUCCAAAUGAUCUGCGCAAUGUUUUCCAAUGGCCUACGUUUCAUCCUCUGACUCGAUCGGAAAUCCAACUUUCAUACGGCCAGCAGACUGAGGCCAGCUACAUCUUCAAUAUCCAGACAGACGCUUUCUGUCCGACUGUCAAGUUGUUUUCCGGGAUUUUAGAAGAUAUUGCCAAGAUACUGUCAAGACUUGGGAUUGAAGAUAGCUCGAGCUCUUUGUUGAGUAUCUUCGAUCAACCUUUGAACACAGACAGUGCGGUCAAACAGGCGCUUAGUUCUUUACAGUUGCUUGCAUCGCAGGUCUAA